AUAGACACAUAUGUGUAUUCUCAUUUUGUUGACAUUUGAACACGUCAUAAACAAAGAGGAGAACGAGCGAAAUUUAUAAAAGAAAAUUUUAUUAAAUUAAACAAAAUGAGUAAGACUCUACAAGAAGAAGAUACAAAUUCGACUUUGUUUUACGCUCGCAAUGAAUAUUAUAUCGGGAAUUUUUUGGGUUCAGUAAAUUUUGUGCUUCCGGAGCAAGGUACUGCCAGCACUGAAUUGCUAUCGUAUAUGUAUUUGUCGUACUUGGCUAUAGACUCGGGACGUUUGGUGGCCAGUUAUGUCAAGGAAGACAAUGAAACACCUUUGUUAGCUUUUCGCUAUAUGCAUGAAGCCUUCGAGCAACCCGAAAAAAUUGAAGAUAUACUAAGUAAACUUAUGGAUAAAGUAGCUAUUGAUGAAGAUGAAACGAAUAUCUGGCAUAUAGCCACCGCUAUUAUCUACUGUUAUAAUAACCAGUUUGAGAAUGCAUUAAAAAUUUUGCAUGGAUCGAACAAUUUGGAAUCUAUGGCUUUAUCAGUUCAGUGUUUGUUGCGCAUGAAUCGUAUCGAUUUGGCUAAACAAUUGAUGGGGAAAAUGCAAGAAAUUUCAGAUGAUCAUACGCUAACACAACUGGCCCAAGCAUGGGUGGCUUUGAGCACCGGCACUGAACAGAUGCAAGAUGCAUUCCAUAUUUUUCAAGAAUUCUGUGAGAAAUACAAACCGACACCUCUGUUACUGAAUGGCCAGGCAGUAGUUCAUAUAGGUUUAGAGAGAUAUGAAGAAGCAGACGCGGUUUUAAGAGAAGCCUUAACGAAAAAGCAUAACGAUUACGACACCUUAAUUAACUUGAUGGUUCUGGCACAUCUUACUGGCAAAUCAUCUGAAACUAUAACGCGUUAUUGGGACCAGUUGCAACAAUUUUUUCCCAAAAGCGAAUUUGUUUUAGAUAUGGAAAAUAAAUCCGCUGAAUUUGAUAAAUUAUGUUCGCAAUAUUCUGUAGAAGAGACUUUAACCCAAGCUUAAGUCCGCAACAUAGUACCGUAUUCUUUUGUUUAUUAACUUUUAUAAAAUGUGUACCAUUAUUAUAAUAAAUGCUUACGUGUUAAUUGAAAAACGUU